GUCCAGCCAUCUCUCUCUCUCUCACUCUCUCUCUCUCCCUCCUCUUCCUCUUUCUUCCUGCCUCUCCCUUUGCCACUUUCUGUCUUCCUCUACAUCCUCCCUGUCCUUCUUUCUCUCUCUCUUUACUGCUGCUUCUGCUUUAACUACAUUUUCUCUUCCUCUUUACCUCAGGCGUCAAACUUGAUCCAGGACAGAUUUUUUUUUUUUUGAUAUAUAUAAAUUAUUUUUCUUUAAAGCUUCUUUUUCAGGCUUUAAGAAGGCCAUCAGGAACCUCUGUGAUUUUCUUAUGUUUUCUUUCUUCUUCUUUUUUUUCUCUUGUACUACACUUGUUUUUCUAUGAGGCUCUAAGUUCAGUUUUAUAUCAGGGGACAAAAACCAAAAGAAAACUACAAAAAAAAAAUGCCACGGUCUUUUUUGGUGAAGCAGCCUAAGGUUCAUGAUUUUUCGUCUUCCAACUACUACCAGCAGCACUGGGAUGACUCUUACACUGUGACACAUGCCAUCACAGAGUCAGCCACCAACUUGGCGGUGCGUUUGAGUGAAAACGGCUACAUCCACGAUUACAUCAUCCCCUCAGUGUUGCAAAGAACAAAAGAGCCAGGUCAUGAUGAAACCAGGCUCUCCUCUGAGCCCCUGUACUCCCCUGGAGGCAGCGGAGGGGAGGAGUUCUCUGACCACGACAUGGAGCAUCCGGACAGCCCGGUGUCCAGCGCCACAGUGGACUCGGACAGCGGCCCGGAGUCGGAGGUGUGUGGCAUCAACGCUUUCCUCAUCUCCGACGGCCGCUCCCGCCGGAGGCCCAGCCAGCGGUGUCCACGAAAGGGUGGCAGCCAGGCCGACGAGGGCGACGCCACCUGCGCCCUGGUCAAAGGCCAAUCCAAAGGCCGCCACAUGUGCAGCGAGUGCGGCAAGUCUUACGCCACGUCGUCCAACCUGAGCAGACACAAGCAGACGCACCGCAGCCUGGACAGCCAGCAGGCCCGCAAGUGUCCCACCUGCCACAAGGUGUACGUGUCCAUGCCGGCCCUGGCCAUGCACAUGCUGACCCACGACCUGAAGCACGAGUGCAACGUGUGCGGCAAGGCCUUCAGCCGGCCCUGGCUCCUGCAGGGUCACAUGAGGUCCCACACCGGGGAGAAGCCAUUCGCCUGCGCCCACUGCGGCAAAGCCUUCGCCGACCGCUCCAACCUGCGUGCCCACAUGCAGACGCACUCCGCCUUCAAGCACUACACCUGCAAACGCUGCCACAAGAGCUUCGCCCUCAAGUCCUACCUGAACAAGCACUACGAGUCCGCCUGCUUCAAGGGCCACCAGACGGAGGAGGACUGCAGCUCCGAGGACUGAGCGGGACCCGUUCACUUCUAUUUCUACGCUUUUUAAACAGCCGAUCGAACAGAGACUCAAAGGCUCCUCCUGCAUGCAUCCUCUUUUGAUAUAAGCAAUAACCUCAAUUCAAGUAUUCAGGAAUUAUGUAUGAAACCCAUCAAAAUCUCAGUGUUGAUCACAAACAGAAAAUGAUUUAUAUUGUUUUUUUAUAAAUUGAAUUGCAAUAAUUUACAUGUCUGUAUUAUUUUAUAAGCCGACCAGCUCUUUAUUUACCUCAGACAUUUCUUUAACUAUUGUAUUUGUCUAUUUAAUAAUUUAUUCAACUAUUUAUUUGCCAAUUUUUGAAGAUUAUUUAUUUAUUAUUGGUUGAUGUACUUAUAAUGGAUUUAAUAAAGCCAUGAAUUGGAAUUGUUGUAAACAAAAGCCAAACUAUAUUCUGAUACACUUUAUUUCUCUGUCUGAUCAAUUUGGUGAUGACAAUAAAAAUGAUGAAAAUAAAAA